UCAACUCAACGAGGCAUGUUUUUAAUACAAUAAAUUUUAUAUUUUUCAAAUUGAACGUAUCGACAAUAGUCAAUAAAAAUGUUCAAAAGCAUAUCAAAUAUUAGAAACCAAAGAAACAUAAGUAUUCUUUCAAGGAUAUGGUCCGGUAAAAAAGCAGAAAGUGCAGUACAGUCAGAAACUGAAAUUAAAACUAUUUUAGCUAAAAAAUUCCCAAAUGCAAAAUCAAUCGAAGUGCAAGAUGUAUCAGGAGGUUGCGGUGCCAUGUUUGAAAUAGCUGUAGAAGCCGCAGAUUUUAAAGGAAUGUCAACAAUUAACCAACAUCGAUUAAUAACAAAUACAUUAAAGGAUCAAAUUAAAGAUAUGCAUGGAAUUCGAAUUCAAACUAGUGUACCAAAAUGAAAUUGUAUAGAUUGUGCUGUAUUAAAAUAGUAAUAAAUAUUUUGUAAUAACUUAGUACUCUUAAUACUCUCAUAAGGGAAAAUUUGAAUAUAAUCUGUAUUUAUGAAACUUAAAGAACUAUCGAAAUGGAAUAGUCAUAUUAUGUGGCUUAGAUAAAGGAUAAAGCAUUAUUGAUGUUUGGGAAAUGGAAGCUUUAGACUGGAAAAGAAAUUCAUAUAACUGAGUCAUUUCAGGAAUCCUUUACAACUUUCAGAGGGUCUACG